UUUGCUUGGUAUCUUCAUUCGUGAUGACAAUGGAUGGUGCAUACUACAAGAGAGUGCUGAACUUGUUCCCUUUCCCUGAUCCACCAUGUUCUUGAUGAUCUCCACUCCCAUCCCAGUGCUCUGCUGGAGUACCAUUUCAUUCAUCAUCACCAGCAAGAAUAAGAAGAGAGACCAAGCAGGCAGAGGCAGGUCCAUGGAGAUGGCUCCUCCUUGUUCCUCCGGCACCCGACCAUCAGCUGCAGCUACUCCCCCUCUCUUGCUCCUCUUGAGGCCUCCAUCCCCGCGUCGCCUCACUUCUUUCCUCCCGCUCCCCGUCAAGUCGAGACCUGCCUCCUCCGCCCACUGUUCCUCCUCCUCCUCGUCAUACAACGGCUGGGCCGACCUCGCCGCGGCGCCAGACCUCCCCUUUCCUCUCCCGCUCCAAUCCCGCACCACCAAGCAUGCCCUGUUCCUCCUCCUCCCCGCCGCCGCUCUCUCCCUCUCCCUCUCCCUCUCCCUCUCCCGCCUCCCUCCCCUCCCCCUCCUCGCCGCCGCCUUCACCGCCGGAUUCGCCGCGAGGCACCUCUCCUCCACACAAUCCCGACGCCUAUCCGCCGUCCUCGCGGAUCUCGACGCCCAAGUCCGCGCCUUGAGGGGCCAGUUGGCCUCCGGCGCCUCCUCCGACCCGGGCCUCCUCAUCGAGGCCGUGGAUCGCCUGCACGAUGCGGUCCUGGACGCCGCCCAGGCCAACAACGACUCCACGGCCGCAGUGUCCGAUGCGCUCCCUCCCGUGCUCGGGGCGCUGGGGAAGGAGCUCGCCGACUGUUUCGGUGGCUGGGCACGAGACACCGUGCGGGACCUCAGCUCGCCGCGUAAGAAGCCCAAGGACAACAACUCAGAUGUCAAAGUUCUGGGCAAGGCCAACCAGCCUCCUGCUGCUCCCGCUGCUGCUGGUGCUGGUGCUCAAGCUCAAAUAGACGAUGGGAAUGAACUCGUGGACUCAUCAAUCCAUGCUGCUGCUGCAGUACAAAAGUCUUUUGAUUCAGCAGUCGUCGGCAAUGCAUGCGGAAGGCCGCUUGACAUGCUGCCGUUCGACGAGGAUGCCAACCAACCGGAGGAUGCAGAAAUGGGCCCUCAGGGGAAGCUGGGAGAUGCUCGAUUGGAGAGACUGGUGUUCAAGCACAGGCAUGGGUGCCACGGUGUGCAAAGUGAUCCAUUUCAAGGUGCCUCUAGUAGGUUUGCUACCGAAUCCAUGGAGUCGUCUUUGCUGGAGAGGACCGUCGAAAUUCGGGAUAGGUCCUACAGGUUGAAGAUUGAGCGCCGCGACAGUGAGAGCCAAGUGAGUGAAGCACAAGAGGGUUCACCUGACAGCUUUGUUAGUAAUGUUUCCAGUAUAGAUCCUACAUAUAAUGAAACCGCCUCUACGGAUUCGGAUGGCAGAGAGUUCAGCCGCAAUGUUAAGGAGGCAACAGAGAUCUUGAGGAAGGCGAGGGAAUGCAUGAUGGCCAGGGCUGAUGAAGAGACUGCAGACACGUUGCUGUACAAAUCAGCUAGGCUCCUUUCCGCAGCUGUAGCUUUGAGGCCAACAAGUCUGGUGGCAGUGGGUCAGUUAGGGAACACGUACCUCCUCCACGGAGAGCUCAAGCUGAAGAUCAGUCGCGAGCUGAGAACGCUCUUGGCCAACAGCGGGGCUUUUCUUCAUGGAAGAGAGCGUGUUCCACGGUCCACCAAAGUAGAUAGAAGAAUCUUAAGCAGAGAGAACAUUUCAUCCGCACUAGUUGAUGUUUGUGAAGAGUGUGAAAGCCUCCUUGUUGAGGCUGGGAGAAGCUACCGGACAGCCCUGGCGAUUGAUUCAGGUGAUGUCAAGGCAUUGUACAAUUGGGGGCUCGCACUUAUUUUUCGGGCCCAGCUACUUGCUGAUAUCGGACCGGAAGCGGCAGUUGAUGCUGACGGGGUGUAUUUGGCUGCAAUUGAUAAGUUUGAUGCCAUGUUGUCCAAAAGCAACAGUUACGCUCCAGAAGCUCUCUACCGAUGGGGCACCGCACUGCAGCAGCGCUCCCAUCUCCGCCCUCGGAACAACAAGGAGAAGAUAAGGCUUCUGGAGCAGGCCAAGAGUUUGUUUGAAGACGUCCUGUAUGUGGAGGCAGAUAACAAGAUGGUGAGAGAGGCCCUGUCAUCAUGCAUAUCAGAGCUUAACUACCAUGGCCGAUGGCUGUAGCCUCUUCAGUUACGCGGUUGGAGAUGUAUUGUCGUCGGCUCCAUCGUUGGUGCAUCCUGUUUCGUUUGGCAGAGUGCGCAGUAGCUACUCCUGCAUUACGUAUCCUAUCUGCAGGAUUGAGAACUGAAUCGACAAGGAAAGGAAAAGGAAAGGAUUGGAUUUGCAAUACUCGUUUGUUUGUAACAAGUGAAAAGAGCACCCGUCUAGUUCAUACAAUACAAUGAAUCGAAUAAUGAAGGAAACCUGCAGUGGCCAUGUUUUUCUUCAUCUUCAACUAAUAAUAAAGUCAGCAGUUAUAUGGA